AUGCCUCAUUCGGCACCUGUGCCACCAACGGGCCUUCAAGCCCUAAUUCUUUGUGGCCCCGGUGUAUCGCUCAACACAUUUACAUCUAACCCUGAGGAAUACCCAAAAUGUCUUAUCCCUGUUGCCAACCGUCCGAUGCUCUGGUAUGCCCUCGAUUGGUCGAAAAGGAUGGGUAUUACUGAUGUCACAUUGGUCACCCCUCCGUCUUCGCUCGCUCCCAUUCAAGCCGCCCUACGACAGAACCCUCACCUUACCUCACUCCCUUUGCCCUCAGUUAUCGCGCCUACGGACCUCGAGAUGACGACCGGAACAGCGGAGCUCCUUCGUCUUCCGGAGGUUCAAAACUGCAUCAAAUCUGAUUUCCUUCUCUUGCCUUGUGAUCUCGUCUGCGAAUUACCUGGGGAGUCACUACUUGAGGCAUGGAUGGUGUCUUGUGGCGAGAAGGAUCGUCGCAAUGGGCUCAGCAUGUACUAUCAAACACAGGGACGGGAGGAGAGUGUCAAGGGUGAAGCAACAGAUUUCAUCGCUGUUGCCCCACUUGAACUGAAUGAAGCUCCCACCGUGUCCCAUGCGGCGCCCCGCUCCUCGCUCACCAAAUUAGUCCUUUCUAUGCCUAUGGACACGUUGAAACAGAAAUUGGAGACUGACAAGGGCUUCCUUGUGCGUCACUCCCUAGUGGAUGCGCAUGCGCAGGUAAAACUUCUGACGACCUACCGUGAUGCGCACAUCUACCUUCUUCCCCACUGGGUCAAGGAUAUGGCUCGUCUGAACGAGAAUUUCCAGUCGGUCAGCGAGGACCUGGUCGGAUGGUGGGCCAAGUCAGAGUGGCAACGCGGCCUUAGCGACAAGCUGCAGAUUAGCAAGAUCUUCCAGAAGAAGAGCCGGCGCCCAAGUCACAGCGACACUCUCGGUGAUAGCGAGUCUCAUGAUGGUGAAUAUCCCGACGAUGAAUCGCUGGAGGACGAGAUUGAUCUGCAAAGCAUGAGCACCACCAAAGCCACCCCGGCCAAAUUCAACACAGCGGCAUCAGAGCCCCAACUUGCGUCGCGUGUCACAGCGCCAAGCUCUCCGAGCGCCAAAAGCCCGAUGUCAACCCUACCGCCAAUGCUCGCUUACAUUCAGAAAGACCAGACGCCUUUCGUUAGGCGUGUUGACUCAUCUGCUGUUCUUCUUUCCACUUCACUGCGUCUUGCUAAGCUGGAGUCCGUUGAGGAGGUUGGCAAAAGCGCUUCAUCGGCAUUCGCCCACGCCCACAAAGUGGCCAACACAGCUACCAUUGCGCAGCGUUGUACCGUCACGAGGGGCGACUGCCUGGUUGAUAGCAAUUCGACGAUCGAGGAGAAAUGUGUGAUCAAAGAGACCGUUAUUGGUUCCAACUGCUACAUCGCCAGUGGUGCCCGUUUGACUCGCUGUUUGAUUAUGGAUGGCGCUGUUGUCGGAGAACGUUGUCAAUUGACAGGUACCAUCGUUGGACGUCGCAGCAAGAUCGGUCGCGAAUCCGUGCUGAAGGAUUGCGAGGUUCAAGACGGCAACGUUGUUCCUGAUGAUACCGACGCCAAGAAUGAGAAGUUCAUGGUCUUUGAGGGUCUCGAUGAAGAUGAUGAUAUGGAUGCUUCAGAAGAAGACCAGGACUACUGA